UUGCUGUUCCAGAGAGUGAUGUGUCGCGUGGAUGGGAAAGACCCAAAGAUGAUGACCUUGCUGAAAGAGGGUCUUUCUAACGCCGACCAUGACAAACUUAUGAGCGGCAAGUCGUUGUCUAUGAGCAGCAUCAGUAAGAUGCUGCAGCGACCAGAAAUCCGAGAGAUGAUGUGGGAACGGAUCGGGCUACCAAAAGACCUUGAGAUCCCUAACCUGACGGACGACUACCAUUUUUACGGAAACCUUUCCGAGGUGGUUCAUGGACCACAGGGAUCGUUUGUGUACUUGAGCGAUGACGCAAGCGAGGUGGAGACGAGGUUUUGGCAGGCGGUGUGUGACAAGUUUGGCAAGACCUUGGACAUGUUCGAUAGAAAGAAAGUAGAAUCAGGCAAGAAGGUGCUGUAUGCAAAGCGUCAUCCUGGCAAGAUGUAACUUAACAACCCAAGUACCUACUUUGUCACUGUAGUAAACCUGGCUUGGUGU